ACUUUAUAAGCGACGCAAUCCACUUGUUCCAGAAUGUCACCAGAAAUGGUGAGCGCGGACUCAGGCCCCUGCCAAUUCUGAAAUAGCACUUUAAAUUUUACUGGGGUGAAAUACAACUUAUAAUUUGAUGCCUCAACUGCUAGGCGUUUCAAGGUGUUUUUUACGGUUUGAAAACCGUCACCCAGCAAAUUGAUGUCAUCAGCGUAGUCCAGGUCUGCGAUUCUGGCGCCAGGAAGAAGCUCAACACCGCAAUUCCGUACACCUUCCAGAGCUUAUUACACGACAUUUUUGAUGGCAAAAUUGAAGAGACAAGAAAUAGGGCAAAAUUAGAGAACGCCGCAGCCGACAGCAAACGAAGAGGUAAGUCUGCCUGACCUCAGAAUGACGACAAACUUGCUGGGUACACCCUUCCUUAGUAGACAAUUCCACAAAACUGCACUGUCUACUGAAUCGACUGCCGCGCGGAUGUCCAGGAAUACAAUGAUUGUUGAUUGACGGUAAAUGUGGCGGAGCUUGAGAAUUUUUCCAGGCAUGAAGAUCUGAUCAAAGGAAAUUCGCCCUGAGUGAAAACCGAUUUGUUCUUCUCAAGAAAAUCCCGAUGGUGGAGGAAUGCCUGUGAAACCGCUGCGUUCACUACAAUGGAUAUGACGGAUGCCUACGGAAUGAUGUUAUGCCCGAAGUUUCGCAGGUUAGGUUGUCGACACUUGAUCUGCUGUUUGUUUGUCACCGCGAUAUCCAGUUUAUCCACACUCGUUAUCACUAGGGUGCAGCCUGUCCCCUACAUGGAUGAAGUGUUUCAUGUUCGGCAAACGAAGGCCUAUUUGGUAGGCAACUGGACAUCAUGGGACGAUAAAAUUACAACGCCACCGGGAACAUAUAUUACCUUUAUUUCACUCUACAGGUUCAUUAGUUUUGUUCUUCCUCUACCCUCGUCACCUACUAUGUUGUGCUUUCGUUUUUUUAAUACUUUCCUAUGUGGUCUGAAUUUUUGCGUUUUGUCUGCUAUUCUUUGCCUUUUUGGCCAUUGUGACAGUCCUUUACUUCCUUUGGUAAUCAUUACCAACCCGGUUCUGUUAUUUUUCUCCUCACUGUACUACACGGACCAUUGCGCAUUUUUGUUUGUGUUGCUAUCAAUCCUCUCGGCCCUAUCAAAACACCGAUUUUUGAGUGCGUUGUUUUGCGCUGUUGGCAUCUCCAUACGACAAACUAACGUCAGCUGGUUACCGCUUGUCGUCAGUAUCCUGACCUCUCGACGUAUAUCUGGGAUCGUUUUCAAACCUAACGCACGUGCAGAUGUGGGGACCUGGAUCUUGACAUCAGUGACCUUAUUCGUAAAGCAUCCCAUCAAAUUGUUGGUUACUGUUAUUGUUAGGAGCACAUUUGACAUCUUCUGGCACUUUCUCGUUGGGCUGAUUUUUGUUUGCUUCGUGUACUGGAACCAGGGUGUGGUCCUUGGAGACAAAGCUUUUCACCAAGCCGUAUUCCAUGUGCCUCAGUUGUGGUAUUUCGUUUUGUUUUGUUCGGCGUUCACUCCUUUAAGCUUCUUAACAUACACUGCCCAAAAGACUAUGCGUUAUAGGAUGAUGUCAGCUAAGUCCCCGGUGAAAUUCUUUCUUUGUGUUCUGUUGUUCCUUUUUCUCACGGUAUGUAUAGCACUAUCUUUAAGAUACCUUUCUUACUCCCAUCCUUAUUUACUAGCCGAUAAUCGUCACCUCACUUUUUAUAUUUGGCGAAAGAUCAUCCGUCGGUCCGUUCCAGUAUUCUACUCGCUUUCUCUACUUUAUUCGAUAUGUUUAUACUAUUGGUCUAGUAAAUUGUUCUCCCAUGUGGUUCCUUUCCAUAUGUUUGCAAUCCAGGUCUCCGUUUGCUUGGGUACUUGCAUGUGCCUGAUUCCUGCAGGGUUGUUAGAACUCCGUUACUUUCUCAUACCGUAUUCUUUGUGGCGGUCGUUCACUUUUACUAAGCAGGAUCACUUUGCUCCUCUGCUUUUUGAGUUGAUAUUGAACCUAGCUUUACAUGUUUCAGUGGUAUGUUUGUUCGUUAACAAACCAUUUUAUUGGCCGAACCAACCUGGAGUUCUUCAAAGAUUUAUGUGGUAAACCCAUCGUUUUGAUUCCUCUUCUAUUCUGCUUCGGAUCU